UAAAUGGGACAUAGGAACAAUGUGACGGAAUUUAUCCUCCUGGGCCUCACUCUGGAUCCUGAAUGGGAAAAAGUAGUAUUUGUCUUAUUUUUAUUCAUCUAUGUGGUGACGAUGGUGGGCAACCUGCUCAUUGUGGUGACUGUGUUUGCCAGCCCUGCCCUGGGCUCCCCCAUGUACUUCUUCCUUGCCUACCUCUCACUCAUGGAUGCUGUUUAUACUACUGCCUUUUCGCCCAAAUUGAUCACUGACUUGCUCCGUGAUAGGAAAACAAUCUCCUUCUCAGCUUGCAUGGGCCAGCUCUUUAUAGCACAUUUUUUUGGGGGUGCUGAGGUCUUCCUCCUAGUGAUGAUGGCCUAUGACCGCUAUGUGGCCAUCUGUAAGCCACUCCACUAUCUGACCAUCAUGAAUCGAAAGAUUUGCAUCCAGCUCUUGAUUGUGGCCUGGGUUGGAGGAUUUCUGCACUCUUUGGUUCAACUUCUCUUUGUGUACAACCUCCCAUUCUGUGGCCCCAAUGUCAUUGACCACUUCAUCUGUGACAUGUAUCCCUUACUGGAACUUGCCUGUACAGAUACCUACUUUGUAGGCAUUACUGUGGUUGCAAAUGGUGGUGUCAUCUGUAUGGUCAUGUUUAUCCUCCUCCUCAUCUCCUAUGGGGUCAUCCUAAAUUCCCUCAAAAAUCACAGUCAGGAAGGGAGGCGCAAAGCCUUGUCUACCUGCAUUUCCCACAUCACGGUAGUGGUUCUCUUUUUUGUUCCUUGUAUUUUUAUGUAUGUUAGACCAGUUUCCAAUUUCCCUAUUGAUAAAUCCAUAACAGUGGUCUUUACUGUUAUCACACCCAUGUUGAAUCCUUUAAUAUAUACCUUGAGGAAUUCAGAGAUGAAAAAUGCUAUGGGAAAACUCUGGUGUAAAAAGUUAACUACAGUUGGAAUAUGUCACUUACACUGA